AUGGCUCCCAUUGCAGCCUUUAUGUUUCCGAUGGCCAGUGGUCACACGAAUCCUUCGUUGCCGCUGGCGCGGCGGUUGGUCAAUUUGGGUUGGACAGUGUAUUUUUUAAGUUUUCCACCGUUCCGGAGGGCCGUGGAGGACACAGGAUCUACCUUUGUUGAUUCCCGGAGAUUUGUGACGCCAUCCAUGGACAUUAUCGGACUACACAGAACAGGUUCCGAUUGUGACAGUUUGGAUGCCUUCGACCCGAAUAAGUUCGGAUUGGUCUUGCGGAUGUGCAGUGCAAUCUAUGUGAGGCAUGCUGUGCCAGCAUUGUUGAAAUACUUCGAGGAAAUUUAUCCGGACCUGGUGGUGUAUUGCCCCCAUCUUUGUGCAUUUGCGCAUCUGGCAGCACGACGCUUGAAGAUUCGGAGCGUCAGCCUGCUGACCCUACCGGGACCCGGAAGCAUGGAGACGAUCGUGCAAACGGGAGGCUUGACUGGUGCUGAACUGUGCAAGUUGCUUGCCGAGAACUCCCCGCAGCUCGAGGCCAUUGAAGCUUUGAAAAAAGAUUUGGCGUUCCCGGAUUUGACAUUGAAUACAUCGCUGCCCCUGCAUGGAGACCAUUACUCGGAUCUCAACCUCGUAACAACCACAGAAGAUUUGGCGGAUGAGUGGGAGGAUGAUGCUGCUACGUAUGCUGCCCAGGGUAAGGCUUUUGCUUUCGUGGGCCCCUUGAUAGAUGUGGCUGGUGCAAAGCGAUGUGCAGGUUUCAAGAAGGAGGCGCAGGAGGAGCUUCUGCCAAAGAGGGCAGUGGACGGAGAGUUUCCCAUGGAUGUGGUGGAAAGCGCGGUUGCAGCAGGCCGUGGCAUCGUGCUGGUUUCAUUGGGCACUGUGAUAACUGGUGACAGCAGCAACCACGGAUGGAAAGCCACGGACGGCAGCUCCAUGACAGGGAAGCAACUGUGUCAAGCUGUGUUCAAGGCGGUGUUUGCGGAAUUGGGAGAUCCUGCAGAAGGUGGGAGUCAUGGCCUGCUUCUCGUCGUAGCAAUCGGCCCGCAGGCAGAUGCCUUGGAAGGCGUGCAGGUGCCUGGAAACGCCAUCUGCCGCAACGUCUUGCCGCAAGUGGACAUCCUUCGAUUGAAGCCCAGGGUUUUCGUCACCCAUGGGGGCCAGAACUCCUUCAUGGAAAGCAUGUUCGUUGGAACUCCACUUGUGGUGUGCCCUGGUUUCGCUGAUCAGCCAGCCAAUGGUGCCAAAGCGCAGGCAAUGAAGGUGGGCCUUUGCGUGGACAGGCCAGUCGGCUUCUUGCUGGGGGAAUCACACGGCCGCAUGGGACAUCUCCCAGAAGCUUCCCGCCCAGAGAUCUAA